AUGGCUCAGGAGAGACCCGCACCGAUCCGCCUGGGCACCGUCGCCCCCAACUUCAAGGCUGACACCACCAAUGGCCCCAUCGACUUCCACGAGUUCAUUGGCGACAACUGGGUCGUCCUGUUCUCGCACCCCGAGGACUACACGCCUGUGUGCACCACGGAGCUCGGCGAGUUCGCCCGCCUCGAGCCCGAGUUCACCAAGCGCGGCACCAAGCUGAUUGGCCUGUCCGCCAACACCCUGGGCUCGCACGAGGGCUGGAUCAAGGAUAUCAACGAGGUCACCGGCUCGAGCGUCACCUUCCCCAUCAUUGCCGACAAGGAGCGCAAGGUCGCCUACCUGUACGACAUGCUCGACUACCAGGACACCACCAACGUCGACUCCAAGGGCAUUGCCUUCACCAUCCGCUCCGUCUUCGUCAUUGACCCCAAGAAGACCAUCCGCACCAUCCUGUCGUACCCGGCCUCCACCGGCCGCAACUCGGCUGAGGUCCUGCGCAUUGUCGACUCCCUGCAGACCGGCGACAAGAACAAGGUCACCACCCCCAUCAACUGGGUCCCCGGCGACGACGUCAUUGUCCACCCCAGCAUCAAGACCGAGGACGCCAAGGCCAUCUUCCCCGAGGUCCGCAUCGUCAAGCCCUACCUGCGCUUCACCCCGCUGCCCAAGGACAAGACCUCGGCUGCUUAA